GAGAGCUCGAGGCGUGUCCCGCAUCGCCUCGGUGGACAAACGAAGUUGUGCAGCUUUUAAGACACCCUACCCCAGCCCAUCAGUGGAGAUCUCCAGCUUAAGAGAGCCCAUGAACAGCGUUUCACCGCGGCGCCGCUCACCGUUCCCUUGCUUGGCCCGGCUCGACGCACAAAACGACAAUCGCAUCGUGCCACCGUAGGCCAGAUUUCUCGGCCGCCGGUCCUGCUGGGAUGAAGAAGCACUCGUCGCCAUCGUCAGAAGACGGCGAUGCUCCUCCUGCUGAAGCAUCCCAUGUCAAUUCGUCUCGCUUCAAUCCGGCGCAGCCCGCGAACAAGCUCGAUCGCCGCCUCAGCCGCGACCUCCAACAUUCAUUUUCGAUUAACCGACGGUCUAGCAGCGUGAAUUGGCGGCCACCAGAGUCCCGCAAUGGGACGGGGGAGAAGCCUCCUUCCGCCGACCGCGCAUCACCAUCCUCCGCACUGGGUUUGAUCUUGUCGUCGGAUGGGGAGCUGCAAACGAAAGAGAUGGAAAAGGCCCCAGAGUCUAGGCUUGCAGAGCGGCGACCCCGAUUACGAAGUGCUUGGGCAAUUGGAUUUCUGCCGCUUGUCGCAUCAGUUGUCGGAAUUGGCUUCCUCUUCGCUGUCCUCUACUCUUCGGUGACGCGGCAAAUCGAUCCCAAGGGGUGUCGCAUGUCCUACAUGCGACCCUCAUAUGCCAAGCUCGACGACUUUGACACCGAACACACGCGCCUAGCUAGCAAAUACUCCUUGUACUUGUACCGCGAACAAGGGAUCGACCAUGACACAAAGGUGAGGGGCGUUCCCGUACUCUUCAUCCCCGGCAAUGCUGGGAGUUACAAGCAAGUUCGGCCCAUUGCUGCAGAAGCGGCCAAUUAUUUCCACGACGUCCUGCAACAUGACGACACGGCGCUCAAAGCCGGUGCUCGGAGCCUGGAUUUCUUCACGGUCGACUUCAACGAGGACAUCACUGCGUUCCACGGACAGACACUCCUCGACCAGGCCGAGUAUCUCAAUGAGGCGAUAAGAUACAUACUGUCUCUUUAUCUUGAUCCUAGAGUCUCUGACCGGGAGCCCGACCUACCCGACCCAACUUCGGUCAUCGUCUUGGGCCACUCCAUGGGGGGGAUUGUUGCGCGGACCAUGCUGAUUAUGCCAAACUAUCAAUCAAACUCGAUCAACACCAUAAUCACCAUGUCUGCUCCGCACGCCCGGCCCCCGGUGUCCUUCGACGGCCAGAUUGUGCAGACGUACAAAGACAUCAACGACUACUGGCGGCGUGCUUACUCGCAACAGUGGGCCAACGACAACCCCUUAUGGCAUGUUACGCUGGUGUCAAUUGCGGGUGGAGGGUUGGAUACCGUCGUGCCUUCUGACUACGCAAGCAUUGAGUCCUUGGUUCCGGAAACGCAUGGCUUCACGGUCUUUACGUCCACGAUUCCGACCGUGUGGACGAGCAUGGAUCAUCAGGCGAUCCUCUGGUGCGACCAGUUCCGCAAGGUUAUUGCGCACGCCAUCUACGAUGUUGUGGACGUCCAUAGGGCUGUGCAGACAAAGCCUCGAGCGGAACGGAUGAGGGUGUUCAAAAAGUGGUUUCUUACGGGGAUGGAGGAAGUUGUGGAGAAAAUCGCGCCUCGUUCGGACCCAACAAUUCUGCUUACUGUGGGCGAUAACUCGGAUUCGAUCAUUGCUGAGGGGGAGCGCUUGGUGCUGCGAGACCUAGGCACCGCGGGCACAGUCCGCGCCCAUCUGAUGCCUAUCCCGCCAUCAGGAUCGCCAAACGUGAAGCGCUUUACCCUCUUGACUGAUACAAAGCUGGACAAACCCGGGGAGCAUGGGCAGUUGGAAGUCAUGUUUUGCAGCGUGAUUCCUUCGCAGCCUAGCCAGUCUUGGACGGGCUUUGCAAGCCACCUCGAUCUUUCCAAGGGGGAAACAGGAACCACUCGCCUGGCUUGCAGAACCGCGGUCCCGGAUGUCGUGCCCCUCCCGGCAUCGACUCAGUCGACGCGCCAUCCAUUCUUCGCUGAUGGGGAGAAAGAUAUUAGACCGUUCUCCUACCUCGAUUAUGGAGCGGACGAGAUUGCCGAGCAUCAGUUUGUGGCGAUUGUCGAGAAGGUGGCUAGUGCGACACCAGGAUUCGUGAUUGCCGAGUUCAGCGACUAUUCCCAAUCCCACCAGACGCAACAGAUUAGCCUUCGGAAUCUGCUCCUUUUCGGCCUGGACCUCCGCCUCCCCGCCGAGCGGCCGAUGGUCUCUGAGAUCAAGGUGCCGUCUCUGCGCUCGAGUUUGCUAGCCUAUGUUUUGAGGAUCAGCAACCAGGCGUGCGAUGGCAAGAGGGAGCUCUUUGCUCCGCUGGUCCGUCAAUACAUGACUGAACCAUAUGAGUCGAAAUAUUUCGUCAACGUGCGGGAGGCCAUGGUCAGCCUCCAUGGCGUCGCUCCAUAUAUUCCUCCUCCGCUCGCCAAGAAAUCGGAGGAAGAUGGUUUGAACUUCCAGUUCUGGGCCGACCCCACGUGCAACGCCAGCAUUCAUGUCACCUUGACUGUGGACGUCUUGGGCAGCCUUGGCAAGCUCUACAUGCGCUAUCGCACUGUCUUUGCUGCGUUCCCCCUGUUCGUUGUGGUGCUGGUCAUUAGGAAUCAGUUCCGCGUCUACGAUACCACAGGGGUGUUCAUAUCCUUCUCAGAAGGUUUGGAUCUGUCUUUGAGGCGUUCCAUCCCCCUACUACUCAUAUCCCUUACGGUUCUGACCUUAUCCACUGCGAACACGGCUCCGGCAGAGAACGCAGGUUUCUGGCACAACGCAUUCUCGGUCAUCGGUUCCCAACAGAACGACCUCUUAACCGGGACCCAGGACGCCGUGUUUCUCUUCUUGGUCCCUCUCAUUGGGAUCAUCUGUGUCGGCGCUUGCACCCUCAUCAACUAUGCGACACUCCUUCUCACGCACUUGCUGAGCGCUGUUGCCGGUCUCCUCACGUCGCGUCCUGGAUGGACUCGCAACGAAGAUAGGAAGAACUUGGCGCCUGCCGGGUUCUUCUCUCCAUCCCCGCGACGGCGGAUGAUCACAACGGCCAUUCUGUUGCUACUCGUCUCGACGGUGGUUCCGUAUCAGUUCGCCUACCUGGUUGCUUGCUUGGUGCAACUGAUGACGACGGUGCGGGCUCAGAGGAUCGGCUCGGAGCUGCGGUCAGCCGCAAAUUCCAGCUUCUACAACUACGCCCACUCCAUCCUCAUCCUGAUGCUUUGGAUUCUUCCCAUCAACUUGCCUACCUUCGUUGUCUGGGUCCACAACCUGGCGGUCCACUGGCUCACCCCUUUCACCUCGCAUCAUAACGUCCUCUCCGUUAUGCCAUUCAUCGUCCUCGUCGAGACUUUGACGACGGGAAAGAUGAUACCGCGGGUCAGCAGCCGGCUCAGACACAUCACCAGCACCUUGCUGUUUUGCAUUGCAGUUUAUGCGGCUGUGUACGGUGUCUCGUACGCAUACACGCUGCAUUACCUCGCAAAUUUCCUUGCAUUCUGGCUCGCCAUCGUGCACUCCACGUCUGAUUCAUGGUCCCUGGCAGACCUAAGCCAUCUAUACGCAGGCGAGGCGGAGGCUCGGAAGCGGGGAAAGGAACCGUGACCUUCUUCCGAACGCAGUUCGUUUCCCAGAGCCGGAGUUCGUCGUCGUCUUUUGUUCCCAGCCACGAUGCAUUUCCCGUUUCGACUCUUCACGAUGCUAUAUGCACCUCAUAUCUGAUACCCAGCCCCCGACUGUUUACCUCUUGCCCGGGUUCGACAAACAACAGCGUUGUAUCCACCCCGGCA